UACAGAUUCAGUGUGAGAGCGCUUCGAGCCGGAGAGAGGGACGGACGGACGAACUGUGGACAGUGGACAGGGCUGGCUGGACCUCACUGACUGCUACAUUUCAGUAUUGUUUCUGACCGUAACAACAAGAAGAUGCCACUGGGUGACGAUUGCCACGCCUGGAAAAAGAAGACCACAGAUGUGAAGGAGAAGUAUGACUUCAAAGAGAUCUUGGGAACGGGAGCCUUUUCUGAGGUGGUCCUGGCUGAGGAGAAGAGGACCCAGAAGUUGGUGGCUAUCAAGUGUAUCCCCAAGAAGGCAUUAGAGGGCAAGGAAAACAGCAUUGAGAAUGAGAUAGCAGUCCUGCACAAGAUUAAACAUGCCAACAUUGUUUCUCUGGAAGAGAUAUUUGAGAGUAAAUCACACCUCUACCUUGUCAUGCAACUGGUGUCCGGUGGGGAACUCUUCGAUCGCAUCAUAGAGAAGGGCUUCUACACAGAGAAAGAUGCCAGUAAGCUCAUUCAGCAGAUUCUGGACGCUGUCAAAUACCUCCACGACAUGGGCAUCGUGCACCGUGAUCUCAAGCCAGAGAAUCUGCUGUAUUACAGCAUGGACGAAGACUCCAAAAUCAUGAUCAGUGACUUUGGUCUGUCUAAAAUUGAGGGCUCUGGCAGUGUGAUGUCGACGGCUUGUGGAACUCCUGGAUAUGUUGCCCCUGAAGUGUUGGCUCAGAAACCCUACAGUAAAGCAGUGGACUGCUGGUCUAUUGGUGUCAUAGCCUAUAUUCUGUUGUGUGGUUACCCUCCCUUCUAUGAUGAGAAUGAUGCCAAACUGUUUGAACAGAUCCUGAAGGCAGAAUACGAGUUUGAUUCUCCUUACUGGGAUGAUAUCUCUGAUUCAGCUAAAGACUUCAUAGUCCACCUGAUGGAGAAAGACCCCAAAACACGUUACACCUGUGAGCAGGCUCUGCAGCACCCCUGGAUUGCUGGGGACACUGCCCUGGAUAAGAACAUCCAUGAGUCUGUCAGUGCUCAGAUCAAAAAGAAUUUUGCUAAAAGCAAGUGGAAGCAAGCAUUCAACGCCACAGCAGUGGUUCGUCACAUGAGGCGCCUCCAGCUGGGCACCAGUCAUGAGGGACCCAGCCCCACCCUGCCCAGCCCGUGCCGAACUCAUCUGCUGAUGCCAGAGGAAGGUGCAGAGGCUUGUUGUGAGGGAGGGUGCUCCCAGAACGUCGAGGGCGGGGCAGACCCCCUGUCCAACUGCAACUACCGCUGCCACCCGACCAGCAGGGUGUGAUCCCCGCACCUGCGCCACUCACCUGUCUAAUCGAUCCCAGUGACUUUCCAAUUUUAACCCCCUCGGUGGAACCAGAGGAACCAUCUCCCCCAUUAUAUGGUUAGGAAUACAGCGUCAUUCCAACCUCUCGCCUGCAGGGGGAGCAAGCCUGUCCAGCCUGAGAAGGCAGACAUAAAAUGGGAUGAAAUGGAGGAGGAGGGAGACUUGAUGAUGAUGAUGAUGAUGAUAAUGAUGAUGAAGCACCAGAGCGGAUCACUUUUACAGACUGGGCUGGUAGUCUGGGAUGAGUUGAAAAGGGGUGAGACGAUACAAAGGAGGGGAAGAUAACCUCCUCCACCAGCUUGUCAGGUGUUUUUUUUUUUUUGCCGCAGCAGGACAGAGCUUGUUGGACACUGUUUUUAUUCAUGAUUCAACCUGUCUCUUUGUUUGUGUUACUGUUUAUUGUUUUAUAUAUUUUUGUGUUGUCUUUUUAACCUCUUCCUGUUAGACUUUGGAGUGUAAAUCCAGAAACAAUAUCUGCAUGAUCAGGAGAGAACUUUUCCCCAUGCAUGUUUUGUUAUCUUUAAAAUAUAAAUGCAGCGUCGCAGUACCAUGCAAAUGACACGAUAGAACAUUGUGUGCAAAGGCAGAAGGGCACACAGCAUUUUGAUAUGUUGCAGUAUUUGAAAUGAAAUUUGAGUUAAAUCUUGUAAUUUUACAAAUUUGCAUUCUGUUGUGCUUUUAGACAAUCAGUGACAUAAUAGUUUAUGCAAUGAAAACUCCAUCUGUCUACCAUGUAGCCUUUCUUGUGGCGAUAUAGUGUUUCCAUGCAGUGGUUAGGCUUUUUGAAAGUAAAAGGCUCCCCCUCUCUUUUUUCUAAACCUCUUCAACCUCUCGAGCACAGGGAUAUAUCUUUGUCUAAGGUGCCUUUAGGAUAUAUAAUAUGAUGGGUUUAUUUUCAGGUAACUUCUGAAAUGAUUUGUCUUUUUCUGCGGAGUUCUUGCAGCACAUACUCUUUCUGUAACGUCGUAUUUUGUAUGUAUCAUAUUUUCAGCUCUAAAACCCUGUUAGUUUUAUGCUUUUUGUCUCAAAGUUAAGUACUGUAAUCUCAGAAGAAAGCCCUGCACGCAUACAGUACCAGUUGCCAUCAUGGUCAGCACAUUUUGUUUUUCUCAAAAUCUGUUUUAAUUGAAAUUAACCAGUUACAGACAGUUACUUUAUGGAAUGGGUAAAGUAUCAAUAAUAAAAACCUGGGAGGCAUCAUUUAUUUAUUAAAAAAAAAAAAAAAAGCAUCAAAUAAAUUUUUUUUUAGAAACAUCCUCUAGUAUUUUGCCUUCUCCCUCAUUACACAUUAAAGAACGUAUUAAAGAAGGUGUUCAUGUAUCUAAUUACAUCUUGUGCAAAAAAAAAACAAAAGAAAACUUGAAAAAGCAUUGAUCAGUGUGCUUAUCUUCAAAACUAGGCUGAGUUAGCAGGAUUAGGUAGGUUGAGUGAAUGCCAAAAAAAAAAAAAGGCAACCAAAAUUUGAUAUGCAUCUGUCACCAUGUACUGUACCUUUACCAUCAUUACAGUCCUUUUCUUUUUACAUUCUGUUACAGGCGCAUUUCCUCCACGUGCAGCCUGUUUAGAAAUUACCUGGAUUAAAGAAUGUGAAUAUGCA